AUGACGCAUCGACCAACAGCAGCCAUGAUACUGCCUUGUCACCCCCAGCCCCCUCAACGGGCUGAGGGGGCCAGAGGACAUGAUGAGCUUAGGAUAGGUCGGACUGAGAAGGAGCAAUCGAUGGAGGGCAACAUGUCAGGACUUAAUGAGCAGGCCUCAGAGACGCUUGUCCGUCUGCCUGACAAGCCUCCUCGUCUGAAUGCAUAA